AUGAAUGAUGAAAGGAAGAGACUUCUUAACGAUAAUAAUAAUAAUAGUAAUAAUAGUAAUAAUGAUAUCACUGCAGUGAUGGCGGUAUUUAAACAACAUGGCUAUCCAUUCCAUGCAACUGCUGUACAGGAACUAUUCUCUACUGUAGCCCAAUUGUUAUUACCAUUUAAAGAAAAAGAAGAAGAAGGAUUGGAUGGAUUAGGGAAUAAUAAUAAUAAUAAUAAUAUAGAUUCACUCCUUCUUGGUCCUACGGCUACUACUACUAUGAAUAUUAAUAAUAGUAAUAGUGAUAAUAGUAGAAAAGAAGGAAAAGGGAAUAUGGAUGGAAAUAACUGUACAGAUAAUGAUGAUGAUGAUCACUAUCAUGAUCGUUACUCUUCUGUUAUUCACAUACUUCAUCAACGUUGGCGGGAGAUGCGGCAUCUACACAUGCAGUAUAAACAAUUGCAGGAAAUAGUUCAGCAACUACGUGAGGAAAAUAACGUAUUAAAGUCAUUCAAUAAUAGUAUUAAUAAUAAUAGUAAUAAUAUUAUUCAUAGUACUAAUAGUAAUAAUAGUGAAUUACAACCGGGAGAAGGUAUGGAAGCUAUAAGGAUGAGGAUGAAUGUUCCUUUAAAUGAAAAUGUAUACGAUCAUGUAAGCAUUUUGUUUCCUUAUAUGAAUACUCUUAAUACUAUAAAUACUACUAAUACUAUCAAUACUACUAAUACUAUCAAUACUAUCAAUACUAUUAAUAAUAAUAGUAAUAGUAAUAAUAAUAUGGAUAUAAGUAUAAACUCCAAAGCGCAGAGUCGGCGAGAAGUGAUGUAUCUUCUUCACGUCCUGCAGGCGGCCCGUGUGGAGUCCCAACAAUUACAAAUGGAAUGUACACAACUGCAGAGAGAACGGGAUGAACUCCGUCUAUGGUUAGAGAGAGAACAGCGGCUUCGGCAGGAACUCGCAGAGAAACAGCAAGAAGAGAAUAAAAGAAGAAAAAGAAAAGAAGAAGAAGAAAAGAAGAAUAUAAAAGAAGAAGAGAAAGAAAAAGAAUCUGUGGAGGAUAAUAAUAUCCAUCAUCAUUAUUCUUCUUCUUCUUCUUCCUUAACAGGAGUUGUACAGAUAUCUCCAGAAUUAUUAUUAUUACAACAAUUACCAUCGCAACGAGAAACGGAUUUGGAACGAUUAGCCCGUGAGUCUUAUCCACCGUUAUCAAAUAAUCCUCAUUCCCCUUCUUCUUCUUCUUCAUCUUCAUCUAUUUAUGCAGAAGAUAUUUCUGUUCCUGUUAAUAAUAAUAGUAAUACUAAUAUUAAUACUACUACUACUACUUCAUCUAAAUAUAAUAUCUUUACUACAUCUCCUCCAGUAUCCUUUCCAUGGCCCUCUGCUGAAUCUCUGCAUGCCGCCAGAUGUGCCGUUGAGGUGUUCAUCAAAGCGAAGAAAGAUAAUAAUAAUAAUAAUAAUAAUAAUAGUGACAAUAAGAGUAUAAUGAUGAUGAAAAUGAGGAAGAAGUAUAAUGAUAAGAAUAUGAAGAGGAAUCAUUAUGAUAACGCAGGGAAUAAUGGUCAUGAGGAUAUGUGCGGUAAUUGCCGUGAUGCUCUUUUUCUCUUACAACGACUUCUCUCGCAUGGGAAUAAUCAUAAUAAUAAUAAUAAUAAUAAUAAUAAUAAUAAUAAUAAUAAUAAUAAUAAUAAUAAUAAUAGUAAUUCUUAUUCUUAUCGUGAUAGUGAUAAUAAUAACAAUCCUCCAUCUUCUUCCUUAUUAUUAUUUGAGGCUGCAGUGGCAGUGUAUGUUGGUAUAUAUAAAUUGGCUCUUCGUUGCCGCCGUGUGGAAAAUACAGCCAGCGAUGUAAAGAAAAGAUUGCAGGAAAUGGAGAGAAAUGCCGCUGCGGCUGUUAAACUGCAGGAAAGCGUACGGCGACAACAACAACUCAACAGUGCUUUACACUGCCGGGCAGAGGAAAAGGAAGCGUUGAUUGAACGACUGCGGAAACAACUGAAGGAGACUCGAAUGGCAUUAACAGAUCUUAGAAGAAAACAACAAGAAGAAAGAGAAAAAGAAGAAAAAGAAGAAAAUCAACAACGAGAGGUUGUGUUAAAGCAGAGAUGCCCUAUUCCUUCUCCACGGCACAGUACUGCAGUAAAAGUUCAUUCAGUUCCUUCUAUAGUUAAAUCCAAUCAUAAUAAUAAUAAUAAUAAUAAUAAUAAUAAUAAGAGUAAUAAUAUUAAUAAGAAGAGGAAGAAGAGUAGUAAUAAUAAAGAUACGAUAAACAUUUCUCUCAUGCAAGAGCGUGAUCGGGUGGAGGCGGCAUUACAUCAAACCCGUCAGGAACUUGAAACUGUACGGAAUGAGUUAAAUAAAGGUAAAGAACUUCUACAAUCUCUUUUAAUAGAUGGAGAGAAAGAGCUGCAUGUUCAUACUGUACAAGAAGAAGAAGAAGAAAAAGAAAAAGUAAAAGAAAAAAAAAUGGAAAGAGAGGAGUUUUAUUUAAAAGACUUCACAGCAUCUCAGGGAUCUAUAUUAUAUUCUCCGGAUCCUCGACUACCGCCGCGGGUAUACUUCACACAGGAUGAUAAUAUGAAUAUAGUGAGAAACUCCGAUAUCAACACUACGCACAUGCCGUCUAUUCCCUUUUCUCAUUUGGCUGAAAGUGAAACUGUAGAAACGUCUGUUGUUAAUGAUGUUGAUAAGGAUCAUUCUAUUCUGAGGAAUACACAUACUUUGUUAGGAGAAUCCGUAUCAUUAUUAUCGUUAACAUUACAACAACAACAACAAGAAGAAGGAAAAGAAGAAGAACAGAUAUCACUGUUAAGAGAGUCCAUUCCCCCUGUGGUGGAAGAGCGAGAGGAUCUAUUGGAGUUAACAGAGAUUUCACAUCGGAAUAAUGAAGAUGAUGAAGAAGAGAAUCGUGGGAUGAUCAACAGAAGGAAAGGAGGGAAAGUAAAGAAGAAAAAGAGUAAUUGGAGUGCGGAGAUUAUACGUGAGGAUAAUAUUGGCCCAUGGGGAGAUUGGUAA